ACUUUUUUUAAAAAAAUCAAGCUGUUCUGUUUAAAAUAAUUCACUUUUCAAUUUGAUUUUCUAGGUUACCUCUCAGAGACAGGGAUGCCAAACUGGGGGGGUGGAGCCAAAUGUGGUGCCUGUGAAAAGACCGUGUACCACGCUGAAGAAAUCCAGUGCAAUGGAAGGAGCUUCCACAAGUCCUGCUUCCUCUGCAUGGCCUGCAGGAAAGCUCUGGACAGCACCACAGUGGCAGCUCACGAAUCCGAAAUCUACUGCAAAACCUGUUACGGGAGAAAAUACGGUCCCAAAGGUGUUGGCUUUGGACAGGGGGCUGGAUGCCUCAGCACUGACACUGGUGACCACCUGGGCUUGAACCUGCAACAGGGGUCACCAAAGCCUGCUCGCCCUUCUACACCAACUAAUGCUUCAAAGUUUGCCAAAAAGAUGGUAGAUGUGGAUAAAUGUCCCCGUUGUGGCAAAUCAGUGUAUGCUGCAGAGAAGAUCAUGGGAGGAGGAAAACCUUGGCACAAGAUGUGUUUCCGCUGCGCUAUUUGUGGGAAGAGUUUAGAAUCCACGAAUGUUACAGACAAAGACGGAGAGCUCUACUGUAAAGUUUGCUAUGCAAAAAAUUUCGGUCCCAAAGGAAUUGGGUUUGGUGGCCUCACUCAAGUGGAAAAGAAAGAAUGUGAAUGAGAAGAAAUGGAUGCAACAGUCUCAAACUGAUGUUGAUGUCGCCAAGUGAUAGUUGUCAAGUAAAACAUUAAACAUCAUAUAUUGCUAAGAACAUAGGGCAUUUGGGCAAGAUUUUCUACCUUGCAGGAAGAAUUUGUGAGCUUAUAUCUUAAAUUCUUAGAUUAAAAAGGUACAGUGAUAAAAGAAGGUUCAUGUCUGUUUUACAGUAAACAAAGACAAAAAACCCUUGUGUAAUACUAUUGCUUCUUUAGCACAUUUUAGAUUGGAGUUUUAGAUUCAGUUUAGUGUCCCAUAGAGAUACCUUAUGGAGUGCAGGGUCUGAGUGUUCGAGUUAGACUGUAUUUUCCUUUGUCCACCAUGUUACUCUAUUCCUACCAAUCUCCUAGAUGUGUUUUGAACGUGUUGGCAUUUUGUGUUGUGACAAGGUAGAGGUUAUUCACUUUGAGACAAUUAAAAAGGGUUUGAAAUUCUUUCUAUCAAAGAAAAACAAAACUUUCCUAGAAUGCAAUGUUGUAAGUUUUGUUACUGUCUGU